CCUGGCUCUAUCCCAAGCAGGCCUCAGCAGGGAAAGGCCGGAAGGGCUCGGAGGAGGGAAGGGGACAAAUAUUUGUCCUCCUGCAAAGAUCUUCCCCGUCCGCCACCAUGCUAAGCUUCAGCUUUGGUCUCUUUCGCCCAGCUGCCACCCUACACAGAAUCUGCUCCCAGCCAAUCCUGCAUCAGGUUUGUUCAUCUUUUGCCACAGGCCCCAGGCAAGAUGCUGGGACUUUCUAUGAACUUCGUACUUAUGAUAUCAAGCCAGCCAAAACAAAAGAGUUCCUUGAAUUGGUCGGUAACGCCAUUCACAUCCGUACGGUUCACUCAGAAAUGGUUGGAUUCUGGACAGCGGAGUUUGGGUCAAUGAAUAAGGCUUUUCACAUUUGGAAAUAUGAUAACUUUGCUCACAGAGCUGCCGCGAGGAAAGCCGUAGUCAACGACAAAGAAUGGCAGGAAAAAUUGUCCCAGAUUCUUCCACUUCUGCAUAGACAGCACAUGGAAAUUGCUUACUUGGUUCCCUGGUGCAAGCUUGGGAUUUCUCCACAACCAGGAGUUUAUGAGUUGGUGACUUAUCAGCUGAAACCAGGAGGGCCAGCUUUGUGGGGAAAGUCUUUCAAAGCAGCAAUUGAUGCACACGUCAGUAAAGGCUAUGCUAAGCUGAUUGGCAUCUUCCACACAGAAUAUGGAUUACUUAAUACAGUUCAUGUGCUUUGGUGGUUUGAGAAUCCAGACAGUCGUGCAGCAGGAAGGCAUAUUGCCCAUGAAGAUGCCAGAGUGGUAGCUGCUGUACGGGAGAAUGUUCAGUUCUUGGCAUCUCAACAAAACAUGCUCCUGAUUCCUGCACCAUUUUCGCCUUUGAAGUAGUAGAUUGCGGCCAGUGGAAGGACGGCACUUCGAUCCACCAUUGCAAUGGUUGUCUCAUUUGUCUUAUGUGCUAUUUAAUUGUGUGCAGACCUUGAUUUUAUAGAAUCUAACCAAGAAUUGGUUUCCUUUGUAUCUGCAGCAACCUAAAAUCAAAUUAUAUGAACAAUUAAAUGAAUUUUUUGCACAGAA